UAAUUAAAAGUGUGCAGAUAUGUAUGAAAACAUCACAAAACGUAUUGGAAUUAUUCAAAAUAACACUUUUUACUUCAAACGAAAUGUUGAUCCAACAUUGCAAGUUGCAGUGUUUAGUGCAAUCGGUGUUAUAUCUUUUGUUACUAACCUUAUCAUUAUUUUUAUUAUUUAUACCCAUAGAAUUAUUCGUACAAGAAGUAAUUCACUUUUAAUUAAUCUGGCAAUAUCCGACAUCUUGGUUGUAGUUAUUGGUGUACCAAUCCAAUCAACAAACCUGUUAUCUAAAAAUGGACCUGUAACAGUUGGCGCAGUUUGUCAACUGCAUGGUGCACUAGUUCUUCUUACAUUUUUAGUAUCUAACUUUAAUUUGGUUUUAAUAGCCGCAUAUCGCUAUUUACUAAUCGUGAAACCUAAAGUACACGACUUCUUGUUUUCUAAAGUAAACUUGUUAUUUAUAAUUUUGAUAACGUAUUUGACAGUAGGAGUUAUUGUUUUACCAGCAUUGCUUAAUUGGGGAAAUAUUAAUUAUAACCCGUUUCGCGCCCAUUGUAUGGUUGUUUGGGAAUACAGUAUUAGUUACCUACUAUUUCUGCAAUUUUUUGCGUUUAACAUUCCGUUAGGGAUCAUAGGUUUUUGUUACUAUAAAAUCAUUACUUGCACAAUAAACUCUAGGAAACGUUUACAUAACACGGUUGACAAUAAAGUCAAAUUUCAGGAACAGCGCUUAACAUGCAUGCUUUUGGUUGUUGUGGGAUGUUUUUUCACAUGUUUUAUGCCAUAUGCCAUACUGCUAUACUAUGAGGGAGCUUUUAAAAAAAGAGCUUCAGAAAUAUUUAGUUUUUGUGCUAUGGUGUUUGCAUAUUUUAAUAGUACAUUGGAUUUUUUUAUUUAUUCAAUAAUGAAUGCAAAGUUUAGACGUGCUUUAAAAAUUCGCAUUGUAUCAAUCAUGCCAGUUCCUAUAAAUGAUUCGUAAUUAUCACAAAUAAAGUCAACAGACCUAGAGAUUUUGAAAAAAUAAAAAGUUUCCCCUUGUUUUUAUUUAUUUACUAUUUUGAUUUACACGGUUGCUAAUUGCUUUUCAUACGUGCAUUGUACCGUAACGUAAACCAAAAUCAAUGAGUACAAAAAAUAAAAAAAACUCUAUAAAGUACAUUUUAGAUUAAAAAAAUGUUUUGCGCGUACUCUCCGCGUAUAGAGCAACUAUUUUCUUUGAUUAUUAGUUUUAAACAUAUUUUUUUACUAUAUAGAAUUUUUUUAGUUUUUACCAAUUUAAAUAGUAUGCGAAUUAUACAAUUCUAUUUUGUUGUAAUUUAUGUUGGUAACUUAACUAUCUGUGGCCUUUUCAUAACGAACUUAACACGUUGCGUACGUAAGACGUAUACUCGACGUAUACUAUAAGUAUACUCGUCAAACAAAACUCUGCUUGCGUACGGACGACGAGUAUACUCGCUUGAGUUUAAAUGCUAAUAAUUUUUUAUU